CCUGGUUGCUAAAAUUUCACGGCCAACAGCCAAAAUUCGCGGUCAUAAACGCGGAAGUCUCUAGUUUUAUGUAAUGUUUAGGUGACGAGGAAUUAUCUCCGAUUUGCGCGCUAAUUGUUCCACACUGCAAUGUUUCCCUACCACCUCGGGGUCGUGGUCCGCUGCGCGCGGCAGAAGCCCCUGCUGCUGUGGGCGCCCGCCUGCCACAUGAGUGGCCUCAGUCCGCUGAAGGAGUACCAGCAGCGCGUCAGUUCCGGCCAACUGAUGACCGACGAAAGGCAGUUCCAGACGAUGAAGGAGCUGGAUGCCCUGUACCACAAGAUCCAAGGCUAUAGGCCCAGCUACAAAGUAGGAGGAGCUGGCGGUGGUGGGUUCUUCAGUUCCCUUUUCGGCCGAAAGUCCUCCGACGACGACGAUCAGGAUGAUCCCUAUGCGGGCAACCACGCCCCCCAGGGGCUGUACCUCUACGGUAGUGUGGGCGUGGGCAAAACCACGCUGAUGGACCUCUUCUUCGACUGCUGCACCAAGAUUGAUCGCAAGCAGCGCGUCCACUUUACGUCCUUCAUGAACAGCGUACACACCCGCAUCCACGAGGCCAAGCAGAGGCAGGGACCUGUUGACCGGGCCUUCAACUCGGAAAAGCCCGCUCCCUUCGAUCCCACUAGGCCGGUGGCUGACUUAAUUGCUAGCGAGUCCUGGUUGAUUUGCUUCGACGAGUUCCAGGUUACGGACAUAGCUGAUGCCAUGGUGCUGAAGCGGCUAUUCACCCACCUCUUCCGGCAUGGCAUUGUGGUGGUCGCCACCAGCAAUCGACACCCGGAGGAUCUGUACAAGAACGGCCUGCAGCGCACGAACUUCCUGCCCUUCAUCGGUCUGCUUCAGAAGCGCUGCAAGGUGUCCCAAUUGGACUCUAUUGACUACCGGCGGAUAGCUCAGUCCGGGGACACCAACUACUUCGUCAAGGGUCAAACGGAUGCGGAGGGCAGCAUGAAUCGCAUGUUCAAGAUCCUGUGCGCCGAGGAGAACGAUAUUAUCCGGCCGCGGACCCUGACUCACUUCGGGAGGGAUCUGACGUUCAAUCGGACCUGUGGACAGGUGCUGGACAGCACUUUCUCGGAACUCUGUGAUCGCCCUCUGGCUGGCAGUGAUUUCCUGCAAAUCUCCCAGUUCUUUCACACCGUCCUCAUCCGAGAUGUGCCCCAACUGACCCUGGAUGUAAAGGCGCAGAUGCGACGCUUUAUAACGCUCAUAGAUACCCUGUACAAUAACAGAGUGCGCGUGGUCAUAUCUUCCGACGUUCCACUGGAAAAUUUAUUCAGUUUUUCGGGAGGUUCCAGUGACCUCUCCGACUCCGAACGUACAUUGAUGGACGACUUGAAAAUAAGCGAAUCCAAAUCCAGUUUUUUCACCGGUGAGGAAGAGCUAUUCGCCUUCGAUCGCACUUUAUCUCGGCUCUACGAAAUGCAGAAGCGGGAAUACUGGGAGCAGUGGGCCAAACAUCGCUAAAACCUCAUGUCACAAAGCAGUAGUUCAAUUAGCGCAAUUAAAUUAUUUGUUUUCUACCUCGGUGUCGUGGAAUUUAAAAAAAAAAAGUUUCUUGUACAUAUUAAUUUCCUAUCAAAAAUGCAAUAUUUACAAUAGAUGACUUUCGCAAGUAUUAAAGAAGCAAUAAAAAAAA